CACGGGGUUCGAUUCCCCGCACCUCCAAGCUUUCGUAUUUUUUUCAUCUCCUUGGCAUCAAUUGCUUUCGCUCGAUGUUCAGAGAUCGCCUUCCGGGUAAGAAAACGUAUUCCUCGCGCGCACUGUUCAGUCCGCCUCUUCCGCGGCGCGCCUCGCAAUCCAUGGAUUCCGAGCUGGAGGAGGCGGUCUGCAAACUCGCGUGGCUCCACUUCGCGUGCGCGAGGGACGACCUCGACUCCGGCGCCGCCCUGCUCGCCGAGCUCAAGGUGCUCCUCACAAGGUUACCUAGCUUGCCACCAUUAUUUGAGAAGACGCCUAAAGCAGUAGAAGAGCUGAAAAUUGCAAGGGCUAUCUACGAGAAUGCUGUUAUCUUGAGCUUGAAAAUUAAAGACCGGGAGGCAUUUGAGAGAAGCUUGUGCCAGCUAAAAGAAUUUUACAUCAAUACAUGCGGUAUAAUUGCUCCAUCACCAGAUGAGUACCCAUUUCUGGGCCUUAAUCUUCUCAGGCUGUUGGCCGAGAACAGAAUUGCUGAAUUCCAUACUGAGCUGGAACUUCUGCCCCUGGAAGCUUUAAGUCAUCCUUGUAUCAAGUAUGCAGUGGAGCUUGAGCAAUCCUUUAUGGAAGGUGCCUAUAACCGAUUAAUCAAUGCUCACCAAGCUGUACCACAUGAGACAUAUGUUUACCUUAUGGACCUUCUUGCUGAAACUAUUCGAGAUGAAGUAGCCGAAUGCAGCGUUGAGGCUUAUGACUACUUGCCAAUCAGUGUUGCAAAGAAAAUGCUAAUGUUUACAUCAGAUCAAGAACUUCUCGAGUACAUAUCAGAGGAACAACCAGAAUGGGAAAUCAAGGAUUAUUCAGUCCAUUUUGACAUGGCAAAACCCAAAUCUCACAUGGACUUGUCAUCGUUCAAGCUGAUCAGGCAAGCUCUUAGCUAUGCGCGGGAGCUGGAGCACGUUGUGUAGCUUGCAAUGCAAAGUUGACUCCGGAUGUAGGCAGCCAAAUGCAGUUGUCUAAUGGUAAAAGUGCAAUGUUUAGUGGUUAGGCGCAUCAUAUUAAAAAAAAGGAUGCUAGGUGGAUCUUUUGUUGAUUUGUUCCAUUUUGUUGUUUGAGGCGUGAAACUACAGUAGUUUAAAAUGGCCCUGAGGAGUGGGGAGUGCUCCGUAGUUUCAGAACUUUGCGAUGUGUUCGUGUCAGUUCAACAUACUGUGACACCUACAGUAUAUUUGUCCUGUGAGCUAUGACCAUUCGCAAUUUUGAUGCCGAAA